CCUGGGAAGCAGAAGGCCAAUAGGCCAAUAGGGGGCAGUCAUCAGAAGCUGCGUUCCGUCCAAAGCGGAAGGUGAAUCAGGACGACAACACAACACAGCACCAAGGUUUGGUCAGACUGUACUGUGUGGUGGUCAAUGGCGGCUGGAUGACAGCUGACUCUGGGCUUUGAUGGGUGCAGUGCUGCCCUGCUCCUCACCAUGCAGCAGAAAGGUGCUAUUCAGAUUAUCGAAUGGGAGGACCUGGACAAGAGGAAGUUCUACUCCCUGGGUGUCUUCAUGACCCUGACUACCCGGGCCACCGUGUACCCCGCCAGCCUGAUCCGCACUCGCCUGCAGGUGCAGAAAGGCACGGCACUGUACUCCGGCACCUUUGAUGCUUUCUGUAAAAUCCUGCGGGCGGAAGGCGUCCGGGGGCUGUACCGUGGGUUCAUGGUAAACACCUUCACGCUGGUGUCUGGCCAGGCCUACAUUACCACCUAUGAACUGGUGCGCAAGUACGUGUCCCAGUACUCGCCCAGCAACACUGUGAAGUCAGUGGUGGCUGGGGGCGCGGCGUCUAUGGUGGCACAGACCAUCACAGUCCCCAUCGAUGUGGUGUCCCAGCACCUAAUGAUGCAAGGUCAGGGGGAACACCUGAGCCGCUUCAAGACCAAGCCAAAGAUGGUGCUCGCUGCCAGCAAGAACAAACUGACCUUUGGGCAGACCAGGGACAUCUCUGUGCAAAUAUUUGCUGCUGAUGGUUUCCGGGGCUUUUACAGGGGCUAUGUGGCAUCGCUCCUCACCUACAUCCCAAACAGUGCGCUGUGGUGGCCUUUCUAUCAUUUCUAUGCAGAGCAGUUGUCCCUGUUGGCACCAAGCCAGUGUCCUCACCUGAUCCUGCAGGCCGUGGCAGGUCCCAUGGCAGCAGCCACAGCGUCCACCAUCACCAACCCCAUGGAUGUGGUGCGAGCACGGGUGCAGGUGGAGGGACGAUCUUCUGUCAUUGACACCUUCAAGCAGCUGCUGGCGGAGGAAGGGCUGUGGGGGAUGACCAAAGGUCUGUCGGCACGCAUCAUCUCCUCCUUACCCACCUCGGUGCUGAUUGUGGUCGGGUACGAGACCCUGAAGAGACUGAGCCUGCGAGCCGAGCUGGUUGAGACUCGACACUGGUGAACAGUUUUACCUCGGAUGUUGAUCUUCUGUGUCUUCAACUGUGGGCCUCACUCCGCUGCAGCUGGUUCCUACUGAGAAACCUGAAGAUGGAAACGUGAAAAUAUUGUGUUUUGAAGAAACAAAAGUUAUUUUCUUUAUUUCUUGGUACCAGAGUCAAUGACUGUGUGAAGCGUGUAGGUUGUCCAGCUGCUGCAUUGUCGUUACUUAUGGGUGGGUGACGUGCCUGUUUUAUGGAAAUAGUCGACGUCUCAUGACAUUCCUUCAAAGUGUCAUUGUCAAAGACAUUUUAGCAAUCUGAGUGGGGCAAGGUUUGUUUUCGGCACAGCAUUCACAAACUAUUGUAGCAGAUAUUCAGGUGAUUUUAUACAAGUCUUCAGCGUGCCAUCAUCUGAUGCUAGAGAGCAUUCCAGUGCAAAUUAUACUGAACAAUUUUUUUCUACUAAUUGAUUUAUUGAUAUAAUUUGUCAGUGUCGUUUUGUCUCGAGAGAACAUUUUGUAUAGACUGUAAUAAACCUGAUGAGGUGUUUAAUCACGGACGUUGACUUCCACCUGACCUGGCUGAUGUUAGGCAGGUGUCUGGCACCCCAACCACCCGAGUUACCUCCUCAUUGGUGAUGCUGCUGCAGAGGAGUGGGAAUGUUUUAUCAAAGCAGAAAUAAAGUGAUUGUGACUUAA